UUUGUCAGCGAAUUUUUUCUUCUUCACCAACUACAACUUUCUGCUUCUUCUGCUUUCUGCUUCUGCUUCUGCCAGAUUAAGAGAGAGAGAGAUCUAGCAUACAGAUUGCUCCGCAAAAAUCUGCAAACACCAGCAUCGACAUGAUAAACUCUGUAGCGUUGCUGUUUCUAACCAUUCUUGUCCUCCAAACCCACUUCCCAAUCUCCGACGCCAUCCCGAUUCCAUCCCCAAACGGCGAGAUCGACGCGAUGCUGGUCCGAAACAGACUCAUCGGAGAAGACGAAGAGCUAAUGCCGUCGGAAAUUAGCCGGAGAGUGCUGAUGGCGCGGAAACGGUACAUCGGCUACGAAACCCUAAGGAGAGACAUGGUUCCUUGUCAGAAACCAGGCGCCUCUUACUACGAUUGCCGCUCAGGUCAAGCCAAUUCUUACAACAGAGGCUGCGAUACCAUUACAAGGUGUGCUAGAGACACCAGCGACAUCGUUACCUGAAGAAAUUUUAGAGCUUUUUUGGGAGUUUGGUUUUGAGUAUUCAGAGUAUAUUUUCUGUUAUAAAGUUUUAAGCUUUUUGUAUUGUUGUUGUUAUAUAUGUAAUCUUGCAACUGUUUUGGUUAUCAAAUAUGUCCAAUUAUUAAGAUC